UGUUUCGUCGAUUAUAAUUCUGAGUGAUAGAAUUAAUUUUAUUGCUGCCAUUAAUCGCGUUUGAAUUUUUGAUUUUGCACUUGAUUUUGAGAAAUGUAUCGGAAUUUGAUUAAGUUUUCGAUAUUCAGUUAUAUUUUUUCGUUAUGGGAGGUUGUUUGAUUCUUGUCAUGUAACGGAAACUGAAAAUUGGGUGUUUUUAUACUCUUGAUGACAAUUUUGGCUGAAUUAAUUGGGAUUUUGUUGCUUAUAAUCCGAAAACCGUCGAUCAAUUAGGGUUUUUGUUGGGCUAAUUGUUUUUUGUUUAUCGUUGGAUGAUCACUUUCCAGUGUGUUUCUAUAAGCCCUUGUAAAAAUUAAUCGUUGAAUUUAUUUUCGGUCUAACACGUUAUACUUUAUCUUUCAAUUAUCUAAUUUUUAUGGUGGGGUAGAAUAUGAUAUUGAUUUAGUUUUGGAGGUGAAUAUUCAGGGGUCUUUAUCAAAUGGAUAAGUGAUUUUUGUCCUGUCACAUACUUGUACGUUCUGUAGUGGCCAGAAUUGCUGAUUUUGAAUAUUUGAGUGACUUUUACAUCAUUGUUGUGCUGCAUGGAUUGUUGAUUUAGUCUUCUUCACUUUAUGAUUUUUAUGGAGAUGACUUCUUUUCAAACUAGAUGCAAUGAGGAGAAUUAAAGAAUUUUUCGUUUUUGAGGCUAUGGCAUUCUGUUAAAGAUGGAUUAUCAUUUGCUGUUGUUAAUAUGAAUUUCUAUUUUAUUUGGAGGCUGCGCUCUAUUGUUGAGUAUGUUGCUUGUUUUCCAUAAAUUAAGGUUUGCUAUGUUGAUUUUGGUUUUGGAAAAUAAUUUGAAUGUCUUAACCAGUAUCACAUGAUUCACUGCGAAUCGACAAAAGGAUGCCUUGUCAAGUGAUCUUGUGGUCUCACCUGCUGUCUUAGCCUCUGUGGAUGAUGCUAAUGUGGAUAGUGCCAAUGCUGGCAAGAGAUCAAUUGGAGGUUCUGCUGAUAAUGUUGGUUCUGCUUCUGACUUAACAUUUGAAGAUGAUGCUAUGGAUGAAGAAUAUGAUUAUCUUAAUGAUGAUGACCUUUCUGAUACUGAUGUUAUUGACUAUGAAUAUAAUUUCUAUGCUGAUGAUGCUGAAUAUUUGAAGUUGCAAGCUCAAUUUGACUGUGUAGACUUGCCUCCUGGUGUAGAGGCGACAGUUCCUUGGUUGCAGGAUCCUUCCAAAAUUGAGAAGUUUCUAGCUUCUGCUGCUUCAUCUUCAUCUGCUUCUAGUAGUUUAAAAGCUGCAACAAGUUCGACAGUUAGAAUGGGAGAGGAGAUAGAUGAUGUUUUGAGAAAGUUCAUAUAUUUUAAACAGUUUGAUACAGUUACUGAUUGUUCUGAUCAUUAUUUCAUGAAUUACAAAGGUUCGGCGCCACUGGAUACUAAGUCUUGGGUGAAGAAAAUUCAGGAUGAGUGGAAAAUAUUGGAGCAAAACUUACCUGAAAAUAUAUAUGUCCGAGCUUAUGAAUCUCAGCUGUAUCUUUUAAGGGCUGUCAUCAUUGGACCAGCAGGUACUCCGUACCAUGAUGGCCUUUAUGUCUUUGAUGUCUUUUUUCCAGCUGCAUAUCCUAAUCAUCCACCGUUGGUCCAUUUUCAUUCAAAUGGAUUUCGAAUGAAUCCAAAUCUGUAUGAUUGCGGAAAAGUCUGCUUGAGCCUGUUGAACACUUGGAACGGUGAACGAAAUGAGAUGUGGCUUCCAAAUAAGUCAACAGUGCUCCAACUUUUGGUCUCUAUUCAAGCUUUGAUCCUCAAUGCUGAGCCAUUUUUCAAUGAACCUGGGUAUGAGAAGAUCUUCCGGGGUGUAGAUGGUACCAAAAAAUCCAGGGAUUACAGUGAAGAUGUUUUCAUUAAAUCCUUGAAAAGGAUGAUGAUCAUUAUUAGGAAUCCACCUCAGCAUUUUGAGGAUUUGGUAUCUGGACAUUUCCGUAUUUAUGCCCAUGAUGUACUGACAGCAUGUAAGGCAUAUGCUGAUGGUGCUGCGGUAGGGUGUAAUGUGAAGAGUUGGCUUCAACAAGGUGACAAUGCUCCAAAACCUGGCUCUGUAAGGUUCAAAAGUGAGAUUUCAAAGAUAAUGACCCCUCUCGUAAAAUGUUUUGUUGAUCAUGGUUCCAAAGACUGUGAUGAGUUUCGGAGUUGAAUAAAUGAUGCGUACACAAUCGAUCAUGAACUUUGACAGCACAGUUGAAUAUUGACAUAACGCAAAGAGAUGAUAUGUUAGACGUAAAAGCUUAAUGCACGAAGCAAUAACAGGUGCAGAUUUUUCUGGUAUUGUAGGACAAGUAUUAUGUAGCGCUAGCAUCGGAGAUUUUCCUAAUACAAUUGUGUAGAUAGAUAUCUUGUUUUCCUGGGUAUAUGUAUAGGCUUCCUGGUUCAUUUUAGAAUGAAGGGCACUUUAGCGUAAUGUUAUUUAUGCGCUAAAUAAAUUAUGGCGAAGUAGAUGGUGUUGAACAUGACUUGAAAGAAUUUUACCAAUUUCUUAUUAUUUGUUAGCAGUUUGUAGAAGGAAUAUUGUAAAAAAAAAAAAAAAAAAUUAGCUUUGAGUUAAAAUAAGUUUUUGAUAUGUGGUGGAACCAUUUCGGGUAACUAUGAAUCAUGAUGGUAUAUAU